AUGAAGCUCCUGAAUUGUCUUUUGGCUCAAAUCGCUAACGCCGGCUACUUCCAGCAGUACGCCUCGUUGACUGCCGAAGAACGAGAGAGUCGACGAGUCCUUUGCGACUCCAAGGUCGACGAGACUCGAGCUGCCUUUCCUGUCGAGAACGGAUCGUGGGUUUGCCCAGGCUAUGGAAAAACCAGAUCCAAGGUCCGAUGCCAUCCAAUUUGCGGCCAAGGCUACCUUCCUGACUGGACAGAGAAGUCGAUUUCCAAGCCGAAAAAAGAUGCCGCCCGAUUUAUGGCUCGAUGCGGAGAUCCAGCUACGAUCGUCAGAAAAAAUCUUCCGGUCGGAAUGGAGCUGAAAUGUUCCGCCAAGCCUGCUCAUCCAUGCCUCGCCAAAGCUGAGACGAUUGCUAUCCCGGACGGCAGACUCGAGCUUGCCAACAAGAUCAACAAGAAACGAGCGAGCUACCAGGUGACGAGAGGAAACAAUGCGAAAAACCUCGGCGAUCGAACUUUUGGUCUUUGGAAGCGAUCCGGCCAAGACACCAAACUUCAUUUGACCGUAACUGACCCUGCCGACCUCUCGCAGUUUCAGUACUCGGGCGAUUACGAGUGCGCUCCUGGCGAAUGGGCUACCUUCUCUGUAGAAGUCCGCCAAGAAAAAGCAGAUCCAUCAACGAUUCGAUUCACCACGAAGAUGGGGAGACCCAACUUCACACCGGCACCUACGCUGCGACGGAGGAAUUGA